AUGGUGGUAGGCGAAACCAAGCGUACUGCCAACAUUAUGGACGGAAUCGAGAACACCGGCGACGUGCGGCUACACGAUCAUAGACUACGUCUCAAACAGAGAUUUGACAUAGUUAGAAAAUUAGGACAAGGCACAUACGGCAAGGUGCAGCUGGGUAUAAACAAGAAGACUGGACAAGAGGUCGCGAUCAAGACCAUCAAAAAAUGCAAAAUCGAAUCGGAAGCCGAUCUCAUUCGCAUCCGCCGCGAGGUACAGAUCAUGUCCUCUGUGAGGCAUCCCAACAUCGUCCAUAUUUACGAAGUAUUUGAAAAUAGCGAGAAGAUGAUACUUGUGAUGGAGUACUGUUCUGGAGGAGAAUUGUACGACUACCUCAGUCAAAAGAAAGUAUUAGAAGAAGAUGAAGCCAGAAGGUUAUUCCGACAGAUCGCGACAGCUGUUUACUACUGUCACAUACACAAGAUCUGCCAUAGAGAUUUAAAAUUAGAAAAUGUCUUACUGGACGACACUGGUAGUGCUAAGAUUGCAGACUUUGGCCUGUCAAACGUUUUUAAAGAGACUUCAUUACUGUCUACGUUUUGUGGCUCGCCGCUCUACGCAUCACCCGAAAUUGUUAAAGGGACACCAUAUAUCGGGCCUGAGGUGGAUUGUUGGUCGUUGGGGGUGCUGCUGUACACCCUAGUCUACGGAGCUAUGCCGUUCGACGGCUCUAACUUCAAGCGUCUAGUCCGACAAAUCAGCAACGGCGAUUACUACGAACCUAAGAAUCCUUCUACUGCGUCGCCAUUGAUUAGAGACAUGCUCACAGUAGACCCGUUGAAGCGCGCGGACAUCGCUUACAUCUGUGAUCAUACUUGGGUGAACGCGGGAUGCUCGACAUCGUGCCUGGAGGUGGCGGAGGCGCUGGCCGCGGAGACGCCGGUGCGGCUCGACCUGCUGCUGUCGCUGGCGCCCGCCGCGCCCGCGCACGGCAACUCCGUCGUGGUGCCGGCCGAGAAUGAACUGGGACCAGAAGAAAGUUGCACAGACCUAACAAGCUCAACAUCUAUGCCUGUUGAGCCAAGCAACUCUGCGGAGAAGAGAAUUCUCGAGCUUGUCGCUGAGGGUGGAGAAGAUGCAAUAAAACCAUCACCAACUCGCACAAUAGUGACUGCGGGCGAAAACAAGCGCAAGUUGGAGCUCGCGAUGUCUGCCAGCGGGUUGCAGAGGAAGAAGGAGAGGGUUGCGAGUUGCGCAAGCGUUGCUCAGCUGCCGGGCGCGCUCCCCGAAGAGCCUUCGCCGGACUCGCCGCCUGCUGAAGAACCGCUGCCAGCUGAACAACUUCAACCCUCCUUGAAAUCAUCAGCAACUAUCACCAUAGCCCCUGCACCAGUCGAACUAGCCAAAGAUGCUACUGUUGAUAUCUCUAAGCAAAUGCCCAAAGAAGAAGAAACUAAUGACGUGACUAAACCCCAUGUUACAAUCAAGAAAAAGAUCACUCCAUCUAAAGGAGAAGAGAAGGAAUCGCCAGAAAAGCAGGAUGAUGUGAAGAUAGAAGAACCAAAACCAGCUUCAGUGGCCACAACUACAGAUAAAUUGACUUCGCUGUCUUUGACGCAACAAGCGCCCGCCGCCACGACGCCUGCCCCGGCAAAACCGAAAAAACUAUCAAUCGGUGGUCAUGUGGGUAGUUUCAAGGAACAAUUCGAAAGACGAGCAUCGUUGACUGCAGCACCGGAAAUCAAACGAAAUGUCUCCAAACCGGUUGUAUCAAAGAUUGCGAAGCCAAAGGCUCAAAGUGAAGACAGAGAGUUAUCGGGAAAAUCUUCGGACAACGGCACCGUUAGACUGCAACAGAUUGGAAUUGAACCCUCACAGACUCCAAUUGAAGAAGCGAGAGAAAUAAAUCGCAGCGGCGUAAAGAAAACGGAGAGCGAGCCGAUGCAUAACACCACUCAGGUCGAUCCAUCUGUCCUUCUACAAGAUGCUAGAAGAAGUCUCCAGAACUCAAUGGCGAAGCUGGUAGAGGAGAAAGCGGGUGAGGAAAGUCGCAGGCGUGCAGCACGCGAUAUUAUUUCAUCUGCCAUUCGCACUGGCAAGCCGCCGAUGCCGUACGGGCGGUCUUCGUCGGCGGGCGUAACGUCGCUGUCGACUCCGCCGGGGACUCCGCCCGCCGCGCCGCCCUCCGCGCCGCCUUCGUCGCGCCUCUACCGGACCGAGGCGCAGCACCGCGUCGACGAUCACCGGAACAGGGGCGUGUCGGUGGAGCGCAUCAUCCCCAUCCAUAUGGCGGCGGAGGAUGCGGCGCAGCGGCCGAGCCCCGGUCCCGCCUCUCCCGCCGCCCCGGCACCCGCAUCGCGCACGCAUACACCGCUUAGACGGCUGGCGUCUGCGGAAUCUCCGACGAGCGAAACGAGCAGCAGCGGAGGCGAGCCGAUCAAGAAGUCGGCGCGCGAGUUCAUCAUCCCGAUCGCCGUGGAGGGCAAGGGCUACGUGACGCCGCGCCAGCGCAGCCUCGAGCCCGAGCGCCGCGCGCCCGCCGGCCUGGCGCGCGCCCACAAGCCGCGCCGCAUCAGUAGUCUUGUCAGUGGAGGUGAAUCUGAAGAAGAAGACGACACUCAUAUGCAUAGGCUGAGGUCGAGCCGAGCAGCCCGCGCAGAGUCCGUAAGCUCAGGGGAAGAAGACGAAGAAGAUGAGGGCUUCCACCUUCUCACCGCAGAUAAUUUGUUCUCCACGCUCUUGCACAGGGUUCGUGCGUUAACCCAGCGUCUGAACGGCGACGAUGGUCCCGGCUUUUCGCAACACCCGCACUCACUUUUUAACAACCUGCAGUCUCCGUUCUUCAAUAGCCCUCACUUACCAAGGAGACAUCUGAUCACUCAUAAAUUUGUGGAAAGUAAACGAAGUGUGUCUGAGACGCGAGAAGGUUGGGGUUCGCGCGACUUGCACUCGGACUUCGAGUCGAUGUUCAACAAGAGCCGGCAGCCGAUGCCGCGAGGUGAUUGUAAGAAAACCGGCAAGAAGAACCAAACGUCAAAGGCACAGAAAACGGAUACCGAGCGCGGUUUGGAUCUGUCGGAUUUGGAUUUGAGUUCGAUCGAGUUCUCGGAGAGGGAGAUGCAGGCGCUGUCGGGUCUGACGCCGGCGCUGUCGCGGCGCCUGCAGCAGCAACUGCUGGCGCACCUGCCGCCCGCCGCCGCGCGCUCGCUGCGCCGCACGCUGUCGCUGCACGCCGCCGCGCCCGCCGCGCCCCCCGCAACCCGCAGCCACUCCGCCUCCUCCAAGGGCACCCACGUCGACGAACUCACGCCCAACACCGAGGACGAACAUCACCCGCGCGAUCUCACUCCAAAACUCGACCACAUGAAAAACAUCCAAAACAACGACGUAGCCGCCGUUACUAAAAACGCUAACAGUCAAAUCCAGGAAAAUAUGACGGACCGCGAAGAUGUUAAGCGAAAUCGCUAUUCACGUAGUCGCUCUGUAAAAUCCAUCGACGAUGACACUAUUAUAGAAAAUCCUCCAGAAAAAAUAGAUCCCGACAAAACUAGUACACCUGUGGAUAUUUACAAAAAAGAAAUAGACAAACCCUUGUGUGUAAAUUUAACCGAAGCGAAAAGAAUUGUCGAUAAAGAUGAAGUUAUUGAAUUACCUUCGACGCACGUCUCACAAUUUUGCACACUACCCCGUCUUAAACGAAAUUCAGCAACGUCUAAUGAUUCUGUAUCUCCGUCAUCUAUUGUCGAUUCUGUGGGCUACGAUUUUUCAUCUAAAUGCCUUGAAAAUGAAUCAAAUCAAUCUCGAGAUAGCAUGCGUAACACUCCGGACCGUCCUCUACUUAGUAAAUAUUUAAUUCCCGAACGACAUUUAUCUUUAGACGAAUCUUAUUCUUCUGACUGUAGUAGUAUAUUAUCAGAACCGAGCUAUAUAGCGGCAUAUGGAUCAUCUUCACUAGGUAAUACAUCCGGUCUGGGUUUUAGACGUCACUCAAUGAGAUUGGCAGGUGAUCAACCCAGGAAACGCUUGUCAAGAUUCCUUAGAUCAGACUUUUUUGAUACUUCUCCAGAUGAAAACAUUUAUGCUAAACACAAAAAAGAAAAAGAAUUGGAAACUCAAAAAGUCCUUAAAGAAAUUAGAGAAAAGAAAAAUAAGUCACUGGAUUCGCCUAAAAGCCCAGUAGACGUAAAUGACUCUACUUCAUUACACAAUGAUGAAUCUGCUUAUCUUCGUAAAUGCCUUUCACCAGUAAGUAACAUAUUAAGCAAAGAACGAAGUAGAUCGACAACGCCUUUCUUUCCAAUUUUAGAUAAUAUUAAGGAAACUAAUUUAGACACUUCAUUGACACUGGCAGAUUCAAAUAAAACAUCAAACGUAAAUGAUACCGAAGCUAAAAAUCAUAAAUGUCUUAAUGAUAACAAGUUGAAAGAUAAAGAAUCCAAAAUGUCAAGACCAAAAAGCUAUCCAGUAAAAAACUUAAACACGUUGGAAGAAUCAAAUAAAGUUAUACUAGAAGAAAGCUGUGCAGUAAAAAAUCGUGAAGGGGAGGAAAAGAAGUUACCACGAGAGUCGAAAAUAAUGCGACCAAAGAGUUAUCCUACAAGUAGCCCGUCACCUGAAAAAAUGUACUUAAAUCGAAACGGUAAAAAGGAUGAAUUAAAAAAUUCCUCAAUACCGAAAGAAGAAAAUAUUAAUCAAGAUAAUAAAAGUGAUGUGGAAGUAAGUUUUAGCAUUACACUGCCAAAGAAAAAAUCAAUUUCAAUAUCAAAACCAGACACAAUUAAAAAACAACAAUCACCCGAACAAGAAAUUGAACUUGGAACAGACCUCACCCCGACUCUUGUAUUAAAAAAAUAUAAAGUAAUAAAAGAGGAUGAAGUGCUUCAAAAUAAAGAAGACAAUACUGUUCAUAUUGGAAAUGGCACGGUUGUAGAAAAUGCUAAGAAAAAUGAAUCUUCAGUAGGAAACAGUGCUAGUAAAAUGACAGAAACUAAAAAAGUUGACAGUGAGACGAGCAAUAAAAAAACUGUUAAAAAGAAAAUAGUUAAAAAAGUUUCUUUAAAAUCAAAGUCUGAUUUGAUAGGUAACCAGGAAUCAACUGAUGUCAAUAAUUCAACGGAGAAAAAGAAAGUUGUAAAAAAAGUGAAACAGAAAAGUAUGGAUGAUAAUCCUAAAGAAUUGACGAUAGUAAAAAAGAAAUCUGUUUUACAGUCUAUAGGUCACAAAUUAGAGAAAUUAGCGUCAUCAAAGUCUAAUUCUCCUGAAAAAGCAUCUCAUGGCAGUAUUGGAUCAGAUGAUUCGAAAAAGGAAUCAAAGUUAAGUAGAAUGCAGCGAGAACAGUCUGUUCCUGUAACAACAGAUCCUCCCACCGAGUCGAAUCUUAUUAAAAGAGCGGUUACUUUAACAGAUGUUGCUGCUUUAGAAAAUAAAAACGUUAUUAAUCAAAAUAAAACAACUGUAUCCAAGGUUUUAGGUCUGUUCAAGAAAUUUGAACCGAAAGAAAAGAAUUUGAAAUCUGGUGCCGAAAAAUCUCUUAACGAAAAUUUAAUAAAUAAACACGAUUCUCAGACCGAAACAAAUUUAGAUAGUGAUAAAGAAAAACCUAAAAGACCGACUUCAUUACUUCUUAAUGGUUUAGGGCGUAAGAAUAAGAAUAAUAAAGCAACCAGUGACAGCAUUUCCGUUAGUUCGUUAGAAAAUGAUGAGCAACUGGUAGUUAAAAAAGAAAGUGAACCUAAAAAUACAAACAAUACGCUGAAAUUAGACUUCUCCAGGUUGCCAAGAGUUAAAAAAAUAGUUCCUACAAAUCCUGUGAUAGAACCGCAAGUUAUGGAUGUCUCUGCAGGUGAUAAAGAUAUUGAAAAGAGAGAUAUUUUUGACAAAAAUGGACAUAGUAGUAAUACUAAAGUUGAAACAAACGAGGCAUAUUCUCGUAGUCGCUCAAGAAGCCGAUCAAUUUAUUCUAAUUCCGAUAUUAAAUCCGAGCACAGCGCAGAUAUUAAAGUACCGGAUAAGAUAUCUGAUAGUACUCUACCAAAGACCUCCGUACUUAAUACUACGCGAAACAGAGAUUCCAUUAGUCCUGAAAAAGAAGAUAUAGUGGACAGAAUACGAAGAAAAAGCUUUUAUUCGAGGUUUAAUGAAAAAAAGCAACGUCGAAAAAGUAGUUUAGUGGGCCCAGGGGCUACAGAGUAUGACCCUAUCGCUAAACUUCACUCACCACCGACAGAGUCCAAAUUUGACGUUUCUCCUAACUCUCCUAUUAAGUACGACUUAUCGCCUGGAUUUUCCGCUGCAUCAGACUUGUCACCAUCUACGGACCGCUACAGAUCCUUAUUAACUGAUCAUCCAAGCACCAAAAAUAGAUAUGAGGGACUUAACAACAAAAUUGAUACAUACCGAUCCCUGGACCGAAAUGAUUUCAGAAAGUUUUCAAGCGGUCGAAGUUACUUAGAUUAUGAUCAGCCUGCAACAUUUGGAACUCACAGGUACUCGAGAACAAAAUCUCUAUUAGACAGUUCGGAUAGUAACGAAGACCACAGUCUAAGUCACUUGAGAGAACCACAAAGAUACAGUAGAACUAAUUCUUUAUUUACUCCUGGUAAUUACGCCACAUAUAGGCCAAAAAGAACUCGAAAUUCUGCUAUUAUAUUAAAAGAGAGUGAAAAGGAACCGAGUCCUGAAAAUAUUCUAGACAAAAUAAGGAACAGAAAGAUCUCAAUCAGUGUGACAAGGAAACCAGAUUCUGCGGACUUACUAGCAAGAUCCAAUGUCACAUCUAAAGGCGAAAGCGACAGUGCAGAAUGCCCUGAGAAAAUUGACUGA